AUGACAGCCACCAAAGAAGAAUCUCCAGACGUAAAAGCCAUCAAAGCUCUCAUCCAAGCCUUCUUUGACAGCAUCAACAGCGCAGACACCAAAGCCCUUCUGUCCCACUUCUUCACUUCUGCAAACCUUACCAUAAUUCGUCAAGACCCUUCGCUGCCGCCUCCAGCAGAUUCAUCAGCUUUGACUCCCUCGUCGACAGCUCACAAUGCGCCCCAGUUGWCCGCGGAGGAACAAGAGCCAAAGCUUACCAUCGUGAUGAGAACAACGAUUGAGAAAUUUGUAAAGCUCAUUGAAGAUGGGCAGAAAAGGAGAAAAGGGAGGCCAGGCCCAGAGCUUCACGAAUCGCCUGACUUGGAGGCAACUCAUGUGAAGCAGGAUGGUCUGUUUGCUUGUGCGUGGAGUCCAUUCAGGGUCACUUUCGAUGGCGUCUUGCAUCAUUAUGGAACAAUGGUAUAUACGCUUGGCAAAGAUGAGGAUGGGACGUGGAAGAUCGAGGGCUUGACUCAGAACUACAGGCGUACGCCGGGGUGGGAUGGCGAUGAGCCGGGAAUCAUGUGA